AUGUCAGAGGUCCUCACUGUAGAUGCUAUUUUGUUUGGGCUCUUGGUCUUCUCUGGCAUUCUGGGGAAUAUCUUGGUCAUCCAUGUGGUGUUUCAGUCAGCCAUUGAGAGUCCAUCUCGGAGACUCCCUGCCUCUGACACUAUUCUGGUGCACCUGUCACUGGCCAACCUGCUGACCUCGCUAUUCCGCACAGUGCCCAUCUUUGUGUCAGACCUGGGCUUGAAUGUGUCUCUGUCUCCAGGCUGGUGCAGAGUCUUCAUGCUGCUCUGGGUUUGGUGGCGAGCUGUGGGCUGUUGGGUGACUCUAGCGCUUAGUGUCUUCCACUGCACUACCCUGAGGCGACAGCAUCUGAGCUUUGGACCUCUUGCACAACAGAGGGAGAGGCGGCGCGUUUGGAUGGUUCUGGGGCUGGUGUGGGGGGCAAACCUGGUCUUCUCAGUUCCAGCUCUGGUCUAUAGCACCCAUGUUCACGGCAACUCCACGGUGGAACUGAUGGUGAUCAGCUGCACCACCAGGCCUCUGCUGGGCUGUAUCUGGGAGUUCCCCUCCAACCAGCAGGGCUCAGCCUUUGCCUCCACCUCGCUGGCACUUAAUGAGGUGUUGCCACUGGUGCUGAUGGUUUGCACCAACCUGGCCACGCUUCAUGCACUCGCAAAACACAUCCGAGCUGUUACCUCAGGUGGAGAGUCAGGAACAACCCACGGGGAGCUGGAGAAACACGUUUCCAGUGAACGCAAAGCAGCUCAUGUAAUCAUGUCACUAGUGUCGCUCUUUGUGGUCUGCUGGGCACUACAGGUUGCUGCGGUGACAUAUUACAACCAUGAUGGGGGACACCAUGCUGAAGGACUGCUGACUGUGGCCCACUUCUCUGCCUCACUCUUUGUAGGAUUCAGUCCGAUGGUGGUGGCCCUGGGACAUGGCAAACUGAGGAGGAGAAUCAUGAGUAUGAUACUGGGAUGGUCUAAAUAUCUUAAAUGUCAUAGUGAGGACCCUGAAGAGGAGGGUAAAUCCCCAAAGACUAAAGGAAAGAAGGCCAAACAAACCAUUUUUAUUGUUCAACAGGACAGGAAGGUCAUAAUAGUGAAGGAGAAAGUUAAAGCAAAGAAAUGA